UUUGAGAGGUUGUAUCGGGAGUGAGACGGCAGGGACGACGACGUUGGGAACGGCAAGGCGUAGCGGUUUCCUUCGUGUGCGCCAUAGCUCGUCCUCGUUUGGGUUUGGAAGGUUCUGUCCAUCGGGAGGGAGACGGCAGGGAGGACGACGUUGGGGCGGCAAGGCGUAGCGCACGGCGACGAGGAGUCUGGGCAAGGUCGGACGUGGAGGCGGGAGGCGGAUCCGGCGACGAGGAGUCUGGGGCAAGGUCGGACGUGGAGCGGGAAGCGGAUCCUGCGACGAGGAGGCUGUGCAAGGUCGGACGUGGAGGCGGGAGGUGGAUCCGGCGACGAGGAGGCUGGGCAAGGAUCGCACGCGGGUUGUUCCUGCUGCUAGAGGCGGCGUUAGGGUUUGGCGGAUCAUUGUUCGUUCGUGGUAGGUAAUUGAUUGUACAAAGUAAUUGCAUGUUCAUGAUUUGGUAGAUGUUAGGGUUUGGGUUUGGAGCUCCUUUUUUGAGAUGUACUUAUUUUGGUUGUUACUUUGAACAGGCGAUGGACGUUUCAGAUUUGAGUGCAAGUUCAAUGGAGUACGAAAGCGGAAAUACAGAUGAAGAGGAAUUCAAUAUUUCGUCUGCCAACUAUAAUGCACCUCGUGAAGAUGAACAAAGUUGGGGAGACGAUGAUGUCGACGAAAGUAUGGAUGCAGAUGGUGUUGAUGUAGAAGAUGAUAAUGUAGAGCAAGAAGAAGAUGUUGACACUGAUAAUAUUCAGAGUGAUGUUGUGGAGGAGGCAACUGAUGACGAGAGAUUGGACUGUGGUUUUGUUGAUGAGGUCUUAGUUGGCGAUAAUUCUUCUUACGACUAUUACGGUGAUUCAGACUUGGAGACUAUAGAAGAACCUGUUAGAAGAAGACAUGUGAAAUCAGUUGGUAAGAAAAAGAAUGGAUCAGAGGAUGAAGAUGAGAGUGAUACAGAAGAUAAGAGGAAGUUUUACUGGGAAGUAAUGGAGAAGACCUUUGUGUCUGAGGCAGCUGCCUAUACUUUUUAUAAUGGAUAUGCUCGACAAGAGGGAUUCAGUGUAAGAAAGUUCAAGUUCAAAGAGACUAAGGGUGCUAACAAAAUAGUUCGCAGAAGGCGGUUUGUGUGUUCUCGGGAAGGAAAACGUAACAGCAAGUUUCUGACUAUGGACAACCGCACUCGUAGGUUGAGACCUUUGUCACGUUGCAAUUGUAAAGCGGAGUUGGAUGUGAAGCUUGAUAGAGGUUCGGGGGUUUGGCGAGUUGCAAAAUUUGUUUACAAGCACAGUCAUAAGUGUGCAGAACCGAGCGAGAGCCCAUUUUUAUGGUCACAUAGGAGGAUAAAAGAUUUCCGAAAGCGGAGAUAUUAG